GCACCAUGGCCCAGGUAUUGACAAAGCCUAUUCCCCUGGUGUCAAUGGGAAAUCCAGUGUUUUUCCACACAGCUGCCAUUUUAGAAGCUGCUAGGAAAGGAACACGAGCGAAGAGAGAGGCUAAGAAGAGAGCGAGUAAGAAAGAAGUUGUGAAGAAGGAAUAUAUUCCCUACAAGAAAAGGAUGGAGUUACUAAUGGGAGGUGGGAAAUCUCCACGAAGAUAUGAGGAGCAUCUUAAGUAUCCAACAGAUGAUGUAUGGAUCGCCAGGUAUUGGCGUAGGAAGAUGUAUAGCUUGAGAGAAACUAUCGCAAUGCACCGUGAAACACAUCAUGAGACUCAGUAUAAUGUUCCAGAUGCAUGUGUAAAUGUUUACAUGGAGCUCUACUUGAAUUUGGAUAAAAAGAAUCGCUAUAUGGAUCCAAUUGCAGAAGUUGUGAAUCUGCCCCAUACUUUUGAUUCAGGUCAGCAACGAAAUUUACUUGUCAUAUCUCGCAAACAAGAGGUAAUUGAUUAUGCCCGUCAAGCUGGAGCUGCCCUUGCCAUAGGUCCAGAAAUUAUCAAAAUGGCCCAGAAAGAUGAAGUAAAUUUGCAGGAAUUCAAUUAUGUCGUGAGUGAAGCGGACAUUUUGCCUGAACUUGUUGCAAUUCGUGGCUUGAUGAAGAGACAGUUUCCUAACACUAGAAAUGGUACAGCAGGCUCUGACCUUAUACCCAUCAUAGAUCGAUUUUUACAUGGCGUGGAAUACAAAUCUACUAAAGACAAAUACCACCAAGACUUUGGUACCAUUGAGGUUCCAUUUGGAAGGCUGAGUAUGACAGAUGAGCAGCUGGAAGAUAAUUUUGCCUGUCUAUUAAAAGCAAUAGACAGUAAGAAACCUAAGCAGAGAAAAUCAACUGACCUUUUAUCAUUGGUUCUUAUCCGUUCUCCCCCGAGUAAAGAACAUUUCAAAAUUAAUCAUGAGUUGUAUAUAGAAGGGAGCGCUGUGGAGGCAGAAGUAGCAGUUCAAUAAAUGGAUCAAGAUUUUUUACUGAAGAAUUUUGAUCUCCAAUAUAUGUAACUUUACUACAAUUUUUUUUAAUUGGAUAAUUUUACUAUGGAUGAUAGUACAUAAAUGUAUUUGAUAGUUAGUAUGCAUAACUGAAUCAUAAAAAUUUAGAAUGUGGUGAAUAUAUAAAUAAAGGCAAAAGCCACGAAGGAAAGUGAAAAAAAGGGGUACUGCAACUCCUUCUAACUCAAUGUCCAUUACUUAGCAAACUAAGUAAAAUACAUUGAGUUGAAAGGCCUCGCAGUACUCCUUCGUUUCACUUUCCUUUAUGGCUUUUGCUUUUAUUGAUUGUUAGUAUAUAUAUUUCAGAAUGUCUAACAAUGAAAUAUGAGUUUCCAUCAGUGUAUGUAAUGUUGUAAAUAAUACACUUUUAUUUAAAAGAAUU